AUGGCGACUACAGGCCCUCGUUCAAAUGGCUCUUCUUCGAAAAGAAAAUCAAUGCGUCAAAAACAAGGUCGUCGCAAAUCCAAUUUGAUGAAAAAGGCACGCGAAUAUAGUAGGUUGUAUGAAGCAGACGUCUGCGUCGGGAUUCGCCUUCGAGAAACGGGCCAAGUAUUUAUCCUAUCGGCGGAUGCCUCGGGAUUUUGGGGAUUUCUUAGGUCGCAACUAAUCAAGACCUAG